AGUAGCGUAAAGGAUAGAUUAAAAAGUGCUCCGUGUUAGGUGGAAGCCACUCAUUCUUCGUCUGCCCUUUUUUCAGUACCUGGAAGCAAUUCUGACCCCAGUAAAUUGUGAUCCAUGGCUACAGUGCUAAUAUGCCGAAGAUUUCCAAGACUGAGCAGGGUGACUACGUUUUCGACUACAGCCAAGUGCCAAGCCGAGAGCGGAAGCAGCAGAAGUAAGCAGAAAAAGGAAGAGAACCCAGAAACAGCCAACACCGGAACUGAAUCUGCGGCUAAAAUCCAGUUGCUGAAUCCACUGGACUACAGAGUAUUGUAUAAUCCAUCUGCCUAUGCCAAAAGCAGAGCUGCCUCCCAGCAGCAUGCUGCUGGGAACAGUGGCCAGGCUCUCGGUGACACUUUCACCAGCCCUGGCACCGCACAGGUUCAGCAUACAUUCGGUACCGCCUCUUCUCAAGCUUUGCCACCCCUCAGAAAUGCCCUGCCAAAGCCCAAGUCCAAACCGCUCCUCGAGCAGACCUUCUCGGCACGGCUCUCUACGGCACAAACUAAGGAGGAGGCAGAAAAUGAAAAAACAGAAACGCAUGACUCCAAGGAGGACCCUCGCGUGUUUCAGAAGGGGAGGCCUGAGUACAGAUCUCUCAGCUAUGACAAGUUUGAGCUGAUAGAGACCCUUCCUUUAGAAGAAGGUGACUCGAUUUUACACAGUGUGGCCGUAUGCAAGGGCAGCCAGAGCCCAGGAACUAUCACAGGUUAUUUUCGCAAGCUGAGUCGUUUGCCAGUGGAACAACACGCAGCGUUGGUGUCCGAACCCAGGUUUAAUACACUGUGUCGCUGUGCUGUCAAAAACAUCAGGCUGUUCAGUACUUCAGACCUCAUCGAUAUUUUAAAGGCUUGCGUUCGUUUGGUGGUUCCACCCACCCACCCUCUGCUGAACGCGUGCGAGAACGAAUUCUGCCGGCGGGUGUGGGACAUGAACCUGGACCAGCUGCUGCUGGUGGCUGAUUGCUGGCGCUGUCUGGAGCGUAGCGUGCCUUCCUACCUGAGCAUUUUGUUCAGCUAUGCCAACAUGCACUGGAAAGACCUCACUUUGCCUCAGUUUGUUCAGCUUGUUUAUAUCAUAGGUGAAGGCCGGAGGUCACCCACGGACUUGAUGCAGAAGGUGGAGAGUACGAUUUUGAAGUACUUGGACUCCUUCACCUUGGAGGAGGUGGGUGCCAUCUGCUUAGGGCUCUUCAAGUCCCUCAGUGGUGUCUCUGACCACAUCAUGAGAAAAAUUGCAGACAGAGUCUCCCUGCAGAUGGAAGACAUGAGCACUUACGCUUUGGUGAAUGUGCUUAAAAUGCUCCGCUACACUCGCAUGGACCACUUACCCCUCUUGAAGGAACUUGGGAAGGUUAUUCCCACUCGGAUUCCUACAAUAAACAUCCAGGGCAUCAUGCACAUCACUCUUACGUGUUCAUCCCUACACUACUUUGACGAAGGUGUUAUGGCUGCUGUAGCCCUGUCUUUGCCUUCUAAGGUGACUUACUGCCGAAGCAAAGAUGCUGCCAAGUUUUUGUGGUCAUUUGGAUGCCUGGACUAUGAACCUCCGAACGAGGAAGAGUUUUACUCCAGCCUGAUAGAGCAGAUGCAUAGAAAACUCCAUGAAUUUGGGAAGUUUCCGGAGCACCUCCUUACUGGUUUGCUUGGCCUGGCAUUUGUCAAACGCUUCCCAGAGGAGCUGAUAGACUAUGCUUUGAGGGAUGAGUUUGUCCAGAAAACGAGAGGUAGUAAAUAUGAGCUUAAAAAGGACCUGUUCACCCUUAGUAAGAGUGUUGAAAUUGAGUGCCCAAGCUACCAAGGCAGCCGCCUUCCACCUCAGCUUUAUCAAGAGAUUACCGAGAUGCUUAUGAAUUUUGCAGAGCAGGAAAUCUAUGUCAGGCCUGAAAUUGUGGAAGCCACAUCUCUUCUCGAGAGCGUGUUAGGUGGCCCCGAGUAUGUGAAAAACCAUAUGAUCCUGCCUCACACGAGAUCGAGUGAUCUGGAGGUUCAUUUGGCCAUGGAUGGACAUCCCAUCCCUUUCAACUUAAAAGACUCUAUCGCAGAUAAGAAACUAAGAGACAUCGGAGUUAGUCUAACGGAUGACUUAAUGACUCAGCUUAUAAAAGGGAGAUCUAAUAGCCAGUCUCCCGUGGAAGUGGAAAAUGAAGCCAGGACUCCUGGUGGAGCUCUUAUUGCAGAUGCCAGGUUGCAAGUUGAGCCUAAAUCGGGGUGCGGUUUUGAAGCCCCCCCAACUCUUACACUGAAUCGGCAGCCUCGGGGGGUGAAACUGGCUAUUCAGGUGUCCAACCGAAACCACUACUGCUGCUACUCCAAGCGACUCUUGGGGCUGCACUGUUUGAAACGGCGGCAGCUGCAGCGGCUGGGAUAUGUGGUGGUUGAGCUUCCCUUCUGGGAAUGGUUUCCUCUGCUCAAACGCACGCGUUUGGAGAAACUGAGCUACCUCCAUUACAAAGUGUUCGACCCAGCGCUGCUUAGCAGGGCUGCCUAG